CCCCGUUUCUAUCCUUGUGUGCUGUCCGGCAGAGUCCUACUACACGCCCUUCAUUAGGUCAUAUUGAUCAAUCACCCUCACCACCCACACUGCUCCGCGACCGACCGGCAGCAACUGACGGUACGGAAUCUUUAUCAAAAGCCCUCGUGAGAGCGAGGUGUUUUUGUGACACAAGUAUGAACAUGUUUUGAAAGCGUCAGCUGAAUAACCAUGGAAGUGCUGAUCAGCCUGGGCCUGUACCACCCGCCGGACCCUCGGCUCGUGUUCGGCUCCAUCCAGGAGCGGCCCCUGCUGCCGAACCUGCCGACGGCAGCGCCACCUACCCGGCUCGGCAUCCUGCUCAGCCGCGACUUCCGCCCGAAGCUGGCACCGGGCAAGUACCCGAUUGAGGAGCGCACCGGCUUCAUCCACCAGCUGGAUGAGCGGACUCGCAGCACGCGGGGCACCAUGUUCGGCGCCAGCACGGAGGCGCGGCCGCCCAAGGAGCUGCUGGAACGCGUGCCGUCGCCGACGCGCCACCAGGCCGACCUGUCACGGCCCUGGCCGCUGCUGGUGCAGCGCAGCCUGGCCACGGAGGCGCCGUUCGACCGGCGAGCCGACCGCUUCUACAACCCACGCCAGGCCAAGGACGCCUCCUGUACCCCCGGGCCGGGCAACUACCGGCCGGAGGAAUGUCGGAUCCGCCGCGAGCUGCGCCGCGCGCACAACUUCGGCGGGGAGACGCGGGUGCUGCCAUCUAUUCGCGUCAAGUGCGUCGUCACCAACGAGGACGUCUGCAACGUGUGUGAACAGAAGCCCUGCGGCGACUACUGGGAUAACGGCAAGGAGCAACUGUGCCGCGCCUGCCACCACCGUCUGAGCCACAAGGCCACCCAGUACACUGCCUACAGCCGCGACUACGUGGCCACCUUCCAGAAGGUGCGUGACUGCAGCGACAUCCACAAGCACGACGGCACGGACGCGGCGCUGAAGCUGAAGUCGGAGCGCGAGAUUCGGGAACUGCAGUACAAGGAGGCCUACCUCAGUCUCUACUUCUGAGCCGACCUGGCCAGCGCCUGCGCCGCCGCACCGGCGCCUCGAACCCGAGACGACAUCCUGCAAGCCGAGGACUGUUGGGCGCGGUCAGGGCCGCUACCAGCCUGUCCAUAGCUAGGAUCGAAGAUCGUAAUCAUGUUCUAUCAUUCAUUCGUUCUUCUGCCGCAAGACACGCACCUAAUGUGUGAAUUUUAAGUUUUAAACACUCGUCGCUUGCGUAAAUUUGCCAGUUCUCUGCAUUCUCUGCUAGUAACAUUUCGAGAGCCCUGCAAGUGCUCUUCCGGGGUGUCGUCACCUUUGUCGCCUUUGUACCCAAUGCCACGUCUUUUUGCUCGUGCUGUUUAGAUUCCUUGUUCAGUUCUUGAAAGCGAAUUAUGCUGAGCUUCACUCAAAACGAUUACUUGCAAGAUGCAAGAGAUCUAAUGGUACUUAGCUAGUCAUCGAGAUGCUACUAAAUAGGCAAGGACGUGGUGAUUACCAUAUUCCCGCCACCAUUGGCAGUUGGUUUUAGCAGGCAGGCGGCCGCAAUACACACCAAAGUGUCAGCAAAACCAAACCACACACAAGU